AUGGAGCGAGUUUUUGGCACCAAAGGAAACAAAAGCAAAAACAAGACAACGACAGCAAAGAAGCCACGCAAGAAGGACAAGACGAAGGACGAUGGAGGAACGACGACUGAGGAGAGUCGGGACACGAAGAAGAGGACAGGGAGAGGAACGAAUCGGACUCCUCGGGAGACCAAAGGAUCCAAGGAAAUGCAGUCUGCGACGCAGAACAACGAUUCGGGGAAGAAACAGAAGAAGUCGAAGAACAAGAAAGGAAAGAAGGAUGCGUCGGUGGAUACGACGGAAAAUCCAAUUGCAAAGCUAAAUGAGAUGUUCAAGAAUCUCGCUGGAGGGAAAUCCAACCCCACUCCAUCGGAACCAUCCAAGCCAGCAGCUGCUGCCAAAGUCAAGAAUGCGACGAUUUGCGAUGAUGAGCCAGCCACAUCGAAACUUCCUCCAUCACCGCCAUGUAUUGUGAUGCCGCCGGAUGUGAAGCCAGCACCACCUCCACCAGCGCCAGUUGUGAAGCCAGCAGCCCCGCCAGUUCUGGUUGUUAGCCCAGCCCCAGUCACCACGGAUCCUUUGACCCCCUACUCACCAGCAACACUGAAUUCGACAUUGUCGUUCACGGAGAAAUGGAUGGGAGAGGAGACGGCGAAGAUCUGGCUCGAGAAGGUGGACUUCUUGAAGACGAAGCAAGAGUUUGAGCAGAUCCAGAACGUGGUGGUGCCAGUGGAUGCUUGCAAGAAGUGGAAAGCCAACAGGGCUCUCAACCAACCACCACAGGACGAUUUUCCAGUUUUGGACGCGAAUCUGGUCGUCUUCGAGAACACAUACGUCAACAUGUCAGCCAUCGAUGUCGCCCUUCCAAAAUCCAAGAUAUUCAUGUGCCAAAUCCCUCUCAAAGGAUCGGAGGAGGCAUUCUGGAAGACGGCGUUCGACAGGCAGAUAUCGUACAUGGAGAUCAUCACGGAUCAAGAACCUAUCGAGUUUUUCCCGAUUGGAAAUGGAGAACACGUGUACCAUGGAACGAUGUUUGUCAAUAAUCGACGGGUGGAAGCGGUCAGCGAAGACGUGACGCGUUUUGCGAUCGAGGUGUUGCCGGAGGGAUGUUCCAACUCAAUCAUCUGCACCAUCACAAUAGUCAAGAAUUGGUCGCCAGACAGUGUCCAUGCAAAACAAGCGGUGGUUAUCAAGGAGAUUAUUGAGAUGACAACGUUCUUGACAAAGACAAAGGAUGAGAACGCGCUGGUGAUGUCAAAGCAUGGAGCCGGGCGAGCUGGAUACUUCGUCGCUUUGGCUGUGGUCGUUCACAAGUUGGAUAAGGCGACGGAGCCACCGAUUCAGGAAAUUGUCAAAUCGCUUCGAGGACAGAGGCCAAGAGCAGUGGAGUCGUUGACACAGUAUGUGUCUCUCUACACGACACUCUUUUAUUACACUAAGAGAAAAGUUGGCCGAAGCGAUGGAGAUAAGAAGGCAGCGAUGGAGUGUGAUGAGCCGACGUGCAAGAAGACGGUUCAACUAACGACUACAUUCACGAAUGCACUGAUCGCAGAAAUCAACGCCGCCGCCGGAAGAUCAACGUUGACAGUGACAAUCAAGUAG